UGGACGAAGACAGAGGAUGUUAGUGCUGCUCUCAGUCUCGACGCGUAAGAGAUUUCCUCCACAGAGAAAGAAGAGGACGAAGAGCGCUCAGAGAUGUUGCGCAGUGAAAAGAAGAGCAAAGCUGCAGAAAAGAAAAAGGAGAACGGAGCUGGGACGUCCCAACCCAAGACAGACGACCCCCUGAUUAAUUUAGGUGUGCAGGAUGAUGAGGAUGUGAAGGCGAUGCUGCAGGGCUCCACCAUGCUGAAGGUUCGUUUUCCUCAUUGGCAGAGGAGGCGCACACUGAAGCUGCUGGAUGAUGGCGUCACUGUGCACUGCGAGUACAACAAGAGCUUCAGCAAGCCCAAAACCUUCUCAGUGAUGGACGUAGUGUCAGCCAGCUUGCCACAUGAGCAGCGUUUGACCAUUGUGUUUAAGGGUAAACAGAAGACUUUGGACCUGCAGUGCAACAGCAGGGAGGAAGCGCAGCACUGGGCCCGCGGCAUCCAUACCCUGCAAAGGAGAAGAAUGAAUAUGAGCCAGGCUCAGAAACUCAACAAAUAUCCUUCAAGGGGUUUAAAAAGAGCAGAAGAGAGUGGGUGGAGCCAAGGAGAGUCCAACUGGGAACUGGCUAUGGAGCCAUCCAUUGGCCUGGCACAGACGGAGCAGCUCUGGGAGCCAUCACAGGAGGAGCAGUCCAAAAACCUGGCACUGGAACACUACAGGGAGCAGUUCGGGAAGCCAGCGUUAGAUCAGAAUGGCAACCAGAACUGGAGCAGCCAAGAGGACUGGAACAGGAGCCUUGCAUGGAGCUGGCACAGGAGCCCUGGGUGGAGGAACUGGAGCAGCCUGGGGAGCAAGAACGAAGAAAACACGGGGGGUGCAGGAACUGGAACAGACAGGGAGCGCAGGAGCAGAAUUCCUCACACCUGGAUCCAGACAUACCUAACAGAGGCAGAUUUAAACCAUGAUGGACAGAUGACAUAUGAUGAAGUGCGGACACUCCUUCGAAAAAUCAACUUAGACCUGAAUGAGCAGUACAUCAUGAACCUGUUCAAGAAGUGUGACCAGUCAGCGAACGGUUGUCUCGAUGAGGAAGAGAUUGAGCAGUUUCGUCGUGAGCUGUUGAAUCGUGCUGAGCUGGACGAAAUUUUCCAUCAGUACUCCUCUAACGGCCAUGUGCUGUCCACAGUGGAGCUGCAGAAAUUCCUGAAUGACCAGGGAGAGGACAACACACUUGUGCAUGCGCAGAGCCUCAUCCUAACAAAUGAGUUCGACAAGCAGGCUAAGAAGAACCAGCUGAUGAUGCCCAACAGCUUCACCAUGUACAUGCUUUCGAGGAAGAGUGAUGUGUUUAAUCUGGAGCAUACCUUAGUCUAUCAGGACAUGAGGCAACCACUCAGUCACUAUUUCAUCUCCGCUUCACACAACACCUACCUUACUAAAGACCAGCUUGUGGGCGAGAGCAGCACGGAUCCUUACAUCCGGGCUCUUAGCCACGGCUGCCGCUGUGUUGAGCUGGAUUGUUGGGACGGAGAUAAGGAGCCAAUGAUUUACCACGGACACACCCUCACCUCCAAAGUGACUUUCAGAGAGGUGGUGGAGACCAUCGCUGAAUAUGCCUUUAAGGCCUCUCCGUAUCCUCUGAUUCUCUCUCUGGAGAACCACUGUUCAGUGGAGCAGCAGACCAUCAUGGCCAGGCAGCUGCGCUCCAUCCUUGGAGACAAACUGCUCACAGAGCCCCUCAACGACCAGCUCUCUGAGAGCCUACCCUCACCAGAGGAGCUGAAGGGGAAGAUUCUGGUGAAGGGAAAGAAGAAGCAAGUGAAGGAAGAAAGCGUAACUGAUUCUAGCUACUCUGAGGACGAGUCUAAAGCUGAGGGUAAAGCCAGGGCAAAGAAAGAAGGCAAGGAGGUGUCUGAGCUGAGUGCAGAGCUUUCUGACCUGGUGGUGUACACUCACAGUGUCUCCUUCAAAAGCUUCGAACAGGCAGCCAAGAGUCCCCCCAAUGAGAUGUCCUCCUUCUCUGAAAGACGGGCCCUCAGACACAUCAAAACGUCAGGGGUGUCAUUUGUACGGCAUAACAGUCAGCAUCUGAGCAGGACCUACCCAUCUGGUCAACGCCUGCAGUCAUCCAACUACAACCCUCAGGACAUGUGGAAUGUCGGUUGCCAGAUUGUGGCUUUGAACUUCCAGACUGACGGGGAACAGAUGGAUCUAAAUCGGGGACGUUUCUUACCCAACGGUCGCUGUGGGUAUGUGCUAAAGCCCAGCUUCCUGUGCCAGGCUGACUCUGAGUUCAACCCUGACAACCCAGGUGGAGGACCAGGACACAACCCCACUCUCCUCACCAUUAAGGUCAUCUCAGCCCAGCAGCUGCCUAAGCCAGACACAGAGAAGCUGAACUCCAUUGUAGAUCCUCUGGUGCGGGUGGAGACCCAUGGGGUUCCCAUAGACAAUAACAAGAAAAAGACACACCGAAUUGACAAUAAUGGCUUUAACCCCAGGUGGGACUGCACCUUAGAGUUUCUGCUACAUGUGCCUGAGCUGGUCCUGGUUCGCUUUGUGGUGGUGGACCAUGACCACACUUCCAGGAAUGAUUUCCUGGGUCAGUUUACACUGCCUUUCACCAGCAUGCGCACAGGUUACAGACAUGUGUGGCUACUGAAGGCUGACGGUUCCAGCCUCUCUCCUGCCAGCCUCUUCAUUCAUGUGAAGGUCACACCAAAUUACAGCAGCUCUGAAUGUGCUGCAUCAACCAAAGCCAGCAGAAAACAAAAAGUACAGCCAUAAUGCCUCUGGAUAUAUGAAACAG